AUGGAACUCUCAAGCACCGUUGUCGCCGACGUUCUGACCCCUCUGGCAGUCUACCAACUGCAGAAGCCAGUUGAAGAACACGCUAAAUCACCAGAGAAUAAAGAUACCGCUAGAGGCCAAAACCUAGCUUGGAACCGAGACGACUUGAUUCGCAGUCUUACGCCCUCAGUCGACCCAAAAUGGAGAAUCGAUGGAGUUGAUACCGACGGCAGACGCUUCUUCGCCUUGCCGCUAUUUGCCAUAGACAAGCAGCCAGUCCGAAUCGAUGUUUGGCUCCCACCUUUUGAGGAGUACCCCCUCGAACUUCGAAGCAUCUUGAAACCCGAUGAGGCCAUGUACACCCCCAGAGACCAACUUCUUUCGCUUCCCAUCUCAAAGUUUCUGCUCAAGACUCUCGAAGAGUGGUCACCUACCGUACCGGGCUUUGAGCGAGACUAUCUGGCGGCUCCUUUUGGCUCUCGCAUCAUCAUCGCUGACAUGGCCGCCUCCACCCGAGACAUGACUAUUUACCUGCUGCCUGAUUACGACAUUGAGCAGAACAUGUGCAGCGUCGACCAGCUCAAGAAGGCCUGGUGUAACAAGGUGAACGAGGAGGACUGGCCCCCUACCAUCGAUGUGAGUGAGCUCAGCUUCAAGAAGCAGAUUCACGAAGCAAUCAGUCUUGUCACCUUGCCAGGACAAUUGGGCGACCGGGUAGUUGCGCUCAAAUCGUUGCUGAGAGACCAGCGAUACAUGUACAACGAGAUCAAGACCCUUCUGUCACUCCGACCUCAUGCCAACUUGGUGCCAAGGCCGCUUUUUCUCGUGACGAAGAAGGCAAAGUUUGGCGGCAAGAGGGGGGUUGCAGGCUUCGUGAUGGAGUAUUUUGAGGGCGGAUCCCUCAAGGACUUGCUGCUUAGGAACAAGGCUGAGGGAACCGAGUUGGACAUGCGCCAAAAACUCCGGUUUGCGAGGCAGUUGACAGAGGUCUUGAUUCAUGUCAAUCAGCACCGAUUCGGGUUCUAUCCGGAUUUGAAGCCGGACAAUCUCGUCAUUCGCUCCGACGGGAAGACAAAAGAGGUCAUGGACCUGGUGUUGCUGGAUUUGGAACAGCGAGGGGGUUGGUUUUCGUGGAGCCCCCCUGAGGUGCUGUACGUUGAGUAUAUGGAGAUUCUUGCCACAUGGCUUGACUAUGAACACGGUCAACAGAAGCAACGCGCUACCGAGAGGUUGCAGAACUGCCUUGGUAGCUGGGAGGCCACUACCCAGUCGACGAGGUACAAGGACCAGGAUGGUGGGUUUAGCUUUGCUUGGAAGGCCCUGUUGCAGGAAAGGCUGGAGACAAACAGCAAGAGGUUGGAAAGAGCACAAGUGUUUAUGCUGGGGAAAUUGUUGUGGUGUCUGUUCGAAGGUGAGGCGAGACUGAGGUGUGGCAUUGACCACGAAAUUCUCCAGGAAAAUGAUGCACAAGAUGCCAUUGGGUUUCCGCACUUCGACAACACACCCAAACAUGUGCAGGACAUGAUCAGGGAAUGCACAAGGGGGGCCCCAGAAUGGGAGGUCGAUGAGAAGAGAGGACGGAAGACUGGGUUGACCCUGAAGGGUGGUAAGUUGGUACAGACCAAAAGCAUCAGUGUCGAUGAAGUCACAGAUACUGCGACAAGAAAAAUCGCUAGAGCUUUCUGGGAACGAGAGCUGGAGCAAGCCAAUGCUUUCAUGGAUGAGUUGCUCUCGUGCGAGCGACCGGGUAUCGAUGCGACAGGCUGCAUCCUCCCCGAGGCAAAACGUCGGCCACUGCUUUCAGACAUACUUUCGAGGUUGGUCGAGUUUGAGGAAUGUGUUUGUGACGAGUUAUUUGCUUUUGAGCUGGAGCGAGUGGGGCAGAUUCAGAGGUAA